AUUUCCACAGGCUUUAAGUUUCCAGGACAAAGGUUUGCUCUCGCCUGUUGCCCCUCCGUGCUCGCUGUGUUGCAGACGGUGAACUUGGACACACCGUUGGCUGCAGCUCUGCUGGAGCUCAGUGAGUCAGGACCGGGAAGGACACGCUUUCAGGGCCUCGGUGUGCAGAGCUUUGGACCGGAACUGUCUAAUACGCCUCUGAUCAUGUUCACAGAGGUGCUGGUUGCCCUGGUGAUUGGUGGACUGAUCUACUUCCUGGUUCAGAGGAGCAGGAGUCAGGUUCUGAUGACACAGGAUGGCUGGUGGGGUUCUGGAGCACCGCAUGAUGCUGGGGAGGACGACACCAUCCGGCCCUUCAAAGUAACCACCAGCGAUAAAGAGCUGGAGGACCUCUACAGAAGGAUCGACCAGACGCGUCCUUUUCCCUCACUGGAGGACAGCCAGUUUAAUUAUGGCUUCAACUCGCAUUACCUGCAGAAGGUGGUCUCUUACUGGAGAAAUGAGUUUGACUGGAGGAAACAGGUUGACAAGCUCAACCAGUACCCUCACUUCAAAACCAACAUUGAAGGCAUUGAUAUCCAUUACCUGCAUGUGAAACCCAAAAAGGUUCCAGAAGGGACGAGUGCUGUUCCACUGAUAAUGGUUCACGGCUGGCCCGGCUCCUUCUAUGAGUUCUAUGGAUUGAUCCCUCUGCUCACAGAGCCGUCGGGCCCAGGCGACCUGGUGUUUGAGGUGGUGUGUCCCUCCAUACCAGGGUAUGGUUUCUCUGAAGCGCCACAUAAGAAAGGUUUCGAUUCAGUCUGCGCGGCUCGAGUCUUCCACAAGCUGAUGAAGCGUCUGGGUUUCCAGCAGUUCUACGCUCAUGGAGGAGACUGGGGUUGGCUGGUCACCACCAACAUGGCUCAGCUGGAACCCAAAACUGUCAAAGGCUUGCAUGUGAACUUUGCCCCGCCCUCCAAGCCCGGGCUCUCCAUGGCUUUGUCCAUCAUGCUUGGCCGCCACUUCCCUAAGCUGUUUGACUUCACUGACUUUGAUAUUCAGCGACUGUUUCCUUGCAUGGAGAAGCUGGUGGUAGAAUCCAUCAAAGAAACUGGCUACAUGCACAUCCAGGCCACCAAGCCCGACACCGUGGGUCGAGGGCUGAAUGACUCUCCGGUGGGUCUAGCUGCCUACAUUCUGGAGAAGUUCUCCACAUGGACAAACCACGACUUCAGGAACCUGGAGGAUGGAGGACUCACACGGAAGUUCUCUCUGGAUGACCUGCUGACAAAUGUGAUGAUCUAUUGGACGUCUGGCUGCAUUAUCUCCUCCAUGAGGUUUUACAAGGAAAACUUUGGCAAAGGUCUUGAUGCUCCACAUGCGAGGAUACCAGUCUAUGUUCCCACGGGAUUCGCCUGCUUCCCCAACGAGCUGAUGCACACACCAAAGCUAUGGGUCAAGCAGAAAUACCGUAAACUUGUGUCCUUUACUCCCAUGGGCCGCGGUGGUCAUUUUGCUGCUAUGGAAGAGCCUCAGUUGAUGGCAGAAGACAUCCAGAAGUUCACAAAAAUUGUGGAGAAGAUGAAAGAGUAGAGGGUGGACUGGCAAGGUGAACAAACUAGAACAAAUUCAGAAGUAUAGCUAGACAUCAACAGGAACUAAGACCUGAGCAGUAAGUGAGCAUAGACUCUGUGAUUUUUAGAUGAAGGAUUGUAUUUCUGAUUUGAAGUGGAUUCUGUAAGAUAGUAUAGCUCUCUGACACUAUGAUAAAGUCAUAUGCAGUCUUAGUCAAGAAGAGAAACAAAAAGAAAUGGCUGUAAUUGAAAGUUUGAGAAGUUGGGUUACUAUGAAAUAUAAAAAUCUGAGGUUGUUUUCAAUCUACUGUUUCAUACUUCAUUUAUUCAUACUUAAGCUUAUAUUCAAUACACUUUUAAAAUGUCAUUCUAGUAAUGCGUUUAAAAAAAUGAAUGCAGUUUUAUUUUUAUGAAAUGUAUGUAAAAGAUGGGCGUAGCUGCUGGGUCUGAAAAGUAAAGCCAAGGUGGAAUGCUUGAACCUGCAUUCUCACUAAAGGCCAGCAGGGGGUGGCAACCCUGGUUGCAGUGAGAAUCCUGGUUGUGUUUAAGUCUGUGGGGAAAAAAUGAUCCAGCUUCUCGCUUGAUCUGUGCCCUCAGUAAACACUUCACUGAUGGGCUUUUGGUGUCAACUGCUAGUUUCAUGUCUUGUUAAAUACAACAUGGUAUCAUCUUUGCAAAUUGUUGACCAACUUAAAGGAAAAGUAGAUGGCAAAGCAGGGUAUGCUGUAGGGUCAUUUUCAUUCAGUAUUGACAAAGUUGCUCCCAUAUGAUGGUGCAGAGCCUCGGUUUCUCCAUCAGGUUUUCUCUCUCCCACGACGUCUGGUUUCAAAACAUCAAGAUGGCGACAGCCACUAGGUUGAAGUCGAGGUUUCAAAACAGGACUUUACACCACAGUGGCUGAUGUCGCGGUGGCUACAUCCAUCUUUUAACUACAGUUUAUUGAGAGAAAAAAAUAAAUCUUUCUGCGAGUACCAGCACCUUCAGUCCUGUGGUCAGUUCACUAGUUUCUAACUUCCUUACAGCAUCUCUCAGCCUCGUGGUUCUGAGAACAGUUUACUAAGCAGCUGCAGAUGGGAGGUCAGGGGUCACUCGGUGGUAUUGUGUUGACAGCACAAACACGGUGCCAGGCAUUCCUCUGUCUGAUAGCAUGAACCCUCUGCACUUAAGCCACAACAGUGAUAACACUUGAUUACCUUAAAGCUUCAGAUUAUGUUUUAAUUAUUUUGCAGAGUCAUUCAAAACUGACUUUUGGAAGUUGAAAACCUUUUUGAAGUCAGAUCUGUUUAAACAUUCCACACAGUUUGCUCUCCACACUGUGCAGACGCUGCCUUUGGUUUAUGUGCCAAGGGUCUGCAGUGUGGAUCGUUUUGUGUCAUUUAGCUUUUGAUUUGCUACUUGCCACAGUUUACACUUUCUUGGUGUUGGUGUAAGCCUCAGCCCAAAGUUAAUUUUUAAAAAAAUAUUUAUUACUUUGGUAAGUUGAAAUUCAUCAUUAGGGGCCUGACAGUAAAGUAAGAGUGUGAAGAAAGGGUUAAAUCCCAGUCAGUGUUCCCUGAUCUCGAAUAAACUGAAUACAGUAUAAUACUGAAUCUAUUUACAUUUAAUUUAUUUGAAUGAUGGCGUUUGGUUUCAUAAAGAAGGGUGAAACAGUGUUUUGAGUUUUCAGAAUCUGCUGUUGUCUCUGAAAGUCACCAGAGACAUAAAACUCAGAACUGCGUUCUGUAAUUUUGUGCAUGUUACUCAGGGGUGAAAGCAGUUUUAAAUUCUUGCCACAGCCGCAUGAACUCUUGCCGGUACUGCGUACCAACGCAGAAUCUUUUAGUAGUACGCAGUACUGGACCGUACCGGCUUACUUUCACCCCUGAUGUUACCAUUCAAAGAUCACCAGACUGACAGUUUGCUCCAUUUUAGACCCAAUAAAACUGACACUUCCUUUUAAGUUUUCGCAUUUUAGUUUGCAGUUUGAGCCUUGCACAUAGCUCCACUGCUGAAGCCUCGUUUUUGAGAUGGAUGCAUGUGUUUCUGCACAUUUCAUCUAUGUAGAAAUUUAAGAAAUCCAAGUUUAAUUUCACAAAGCCACAGACCCAAUCUGGCAACCCAUCUGCUAGUUUGCUGGUUAAGGCUCUAUGGACAGCAACUAUUACUUGAUGCAGUAAAAGGCUGCUCAGACGUGAAGGUUGGUGGUAGAAGUGUUCUGUAAAUGAGCUCUCCCACACUAAAGGCUUUCCCUCCUGUAGGUUACAGCUACCAUUUGCUGCGUGUCGUGUGCCUCUGUUCUUGUUUCUUGUCUGUCCAUCGACUGCUAAACAUCAGCACAACAUCAAGAAUCAAGUUUUAAAAAAAUAAGCCUCACAACUUAAAUUCACUGUAUGUUUCUGUUAUAUAUUGUUGUUGUUGUUGUUGUUUUGUAUUCAAGCAGCUAUUUCUAACCUAGUUAACGGCAAUUUGUGUACUCUCAAUAAUUUGCUUAUAAAUUCAUGACUGAAGUGUUAGAAGAUGGAAAGGCUGUUCGGAGCACUUUGGUAAAGAUAACUUCAUCAUGGGACCAAAUGUGAGCGGUCCCGCUCCCCAAAGGUCUCCUGAACCUUUUCAGCUGUUUUUUUUUUUUUUUUUUUUGUCUUUCAGUACAGUUUAUGUACUACAGUCUGUAGUGGAAGCUUUCCAUCGUCUAACAAUGGUCUCAAUUUUCUAUCCAGAUCAGUGCUUUUUGCCUCAACCUGACGUUCAUUGUUGUUUAUUAUGAUUAUAACCCAAGUUAAACUGUCUUUGGGUCUAGUGGAAUUUCUUUUCUUGACAUGUCACUCUGACCUCUCUGCAAAAUCUUCCUGCGCUGCCAAAUACAUUAAAACAGUGUUCCUGUG